AGGUACGUGGGUUUGGUUGCACGUUUAUAGUUGUUCUUCCGUUUGUCGCUAUUGUUGAUGAUAUUCAUGUGUAGCUGUUUGUGUUGGUAGAUAACUAGAAUCAAGAUGCUGGGUUUAACGACUCCAGUCUGGUUCCGAAUAUUUCGUCGUCACCUUCUCGUUUGCAUACAGAACGGCACUAGUUGUGAGAACGUGUGUGCAAUUUUGUGAAGUCUUUGGCUAAACUGAAUGCUAUUGUGAGUAAAACAUAUUCAUUGAAUAUCGUGCCAAUUUUGUGAUUGCGCUGUAGUGUUACUGUUGCUGCUUCAUACCAUUGACAAAAGAGCAAUAUAACGAACGAUGCAGUGAUCCAGAAUUCGUUAGUCUAUUUCAGAAUGAGUUCAAUAGAUCGUGAACGGAGGAUAAUUUAUCGAUAUGGAGAGAACUCGGAUUAUCGUUCAAACUUUGUUGUGGCCGCGCCGGAUGAAAACAAUAUUGAAUAUUCCAGAAAAGGAGGAUGUUUUGUGUCAAUUUGUCGGGGUAUCAGCAUUGCAGUACUGAUUUUCAUCUUCAUAUUUUUCAUGUCGUUUACAAUAUUUUUCAGUACGAAGUACGCAUAUGAGCAUAAGCCGAACAUUACUUUGGAAGAUUUUCUCAACCAUCGUGCAUAUUUGAUUGACAAGCGAUCAAGAAUACCGAAACAUGUUAUUCCAAAGCAUUACAGGCUAUUUAUUCAUCCUGUAUUCAACGAAACAGAUAAUCCCUUCACAUACAGUGGAGUCGUAUGGAUAACAGUUACGUCAAAGAAACACAACAACAAGCGAAUAGAAUUGAACGUGAAAAAUUUGAACAUAAAAUUGGAAGAUGUGACUGUAUUAAAAAGCAUACGUCUCACCAAUCUAGAUUUUGACGAAGAUCUUGAUUGGGACUUGAGUGAAGAAGAUUUACUACCACGUUUUAGGAUGAAGCGACAAGUUUCUGAUGCAAAGGAAACAUUCACUGUAGAAGAACCCAUUGAAAGCUCCGAAAACGAAACGGUUAAUGAUUUACCUACUGUAGAGUACUACCACCAUCCAGUUUUUCCUCCUGAUGAUUUUGUAACUAUAAAAAUUUUGGAUCUAGAAUUUGAUGAGUCUAAUGAAAAAAUGAUUAUCUAUCUUGGAACAGAAAUGAAAAAAGAUAUUUAUUACAUCGUAAAAGUAAAUUUUACAGGGAAUAUGACUAACGACAAAGGUUUAUAUGUAACGCAUUAUGAUGACGGAGAACCAAACCAUAGAUUUAUAGCAGCAACCAUUUUGGAACCAAAUAAUGCACGAAAAUUGUAUCCUUGUAUGGAUGACCAUAAUUUUCGAUCACCAUUCGAAAUAAACAUAGCACGAAAAACACACAUGAAUACCGCUUCUAGUUUGAAUCUUGAGCUUCAAGAACCAAUGGAAGAUGAUACUUUCGUUGUUGAUACCUAUAAUACCACCGGAAUGGUAAGAGCCUCGGAAAUUGGAUUUAUCAUCACGGAUAUGACACCAGAACGCUACGUGUUGACAGAGAAGGUUAAUUUGAUAGCUUAUACACGAAACAGAUAUGAUCUUUAUCUGAAAGAUAUAGUAUCUAUAUUUGCAUCAGUAAUGAAGGUCUAUGAGCAGUUCAUGCGGAUGAAUUUUCCUUACCAGACAAUCAAAUAUGUAACCAUCCCGAAUGCUGACAGUACAGUGAGAGAAAUUAAGGAGGGAAUGAUUCUUUCAAGUGAGAAACGUCUUAUCAAAGAUCUGUCUUAUUUUCCUACCACGGAUGAUUCGUUACUUCGUGUAAUUGCAAAUGAGCUAGCCAAACUCUGGAUUCACAAUCUUGCCGAUUACAAGAACAAAGAAGUAUAUUGGCUGCACGAAUCCAUACCUUUAUACAUGGAAUCUAUUGCACUUAAAAUGCUGGACAAUAAUACCUUCGAAGUGGAUGACUUUCUAUUGGAAGGAAAAAUGCGCGCUAUGCAAGAAGAAGUUAAUUCGAAGACUUCACCUUUGAAUGUUCUUACAAACCCGUGGGAGGAUGACAUUCAUUUUGAACUAGUACGAUAUAAGGGCCUUAGCUUAUUGCGCAUGAUGAAUUACACACUAGGAGAGGAAACUUUCAAUGCAUUUCUUAGAGAGUAUUUCGUCCAGCGGAUGAAUAAUGAAUCAGUGGAUAUUAUAGAGAUACUCAAUAACAAUAAUCGUCACACUGAUGGAACUUUCAACAGCUUUCUCCAUAGUUGGUCGAAUUUUGAAAAGUAUCCUAUCAUAGAGAUAAAUAGGAACAAUUUUAGUGGGCAUUUUGAGUUACGCCAAAGAAUGAUUCCUUUCGAAGAAGAGAUCAGUGAGCAAAUAUGGACUAUACCAAUCACAUUUAUCAAUGACACAAACCAACAACUGUUCUUUGAGAAAGUUCGCUGGCUGAUAGAUUCCAAUAAUCUAUUGACAAUUGAAACCAGCUGUGAGCUUAUAACAAAUAAUACAUGGGUCAUUGUUAACCCUAGUGGUAUAGGAUACUAUCGAGUAAACUAUGAAUUGUCACAUUGGAUAAAACUAGCCCAUGUAUUGAAUGCAAACUUUAAAACUCUACCUUACAGCACGUUGGCGACCAUUGUAGACGAUGCAUUGAAUUUAGCUCGACUGGGGCUUUUGGAUUACUCUGUUGCAUUUAAUGUUGUUUCUUUCCUAAAGAAAAAUGACGAUCUCUAUCAGCCGUGGAAGAGUGCCCUUGACAGUCUAAAGUUUAUCUACGAGGCAUUGGAAGACCAUCCAAAUUUUAUACAUGUAGAAGAAUUUCUCAUUUACCUGAUAGUGGAUAAAUAUGAGGAUUAUAUCGUCAAUGGACAGACAAGCAACACAAUGAUAUCCUCUCUUCUGGUAGAAUGGGCCUGCAGACUUGGUGUUGCAGCAUGCAUCGAGAAUCAAAAACGCAUCUUCCGAGAAGUGUUCAUAAACAGCACAUCUUCAGCUUUUCAGCUCUCAGAGAAUGAACUAUUCUUGUCUACCUGUACGGUAAUCAAAUACAGUGGCACAAAUGAAUGGAAAUUGUUAAAAAACAAAUUCCUUGACUCAGAGGAUAUUAAUCUUCAGAAAAUACUUGUAAAAGCUUUAGGAUGUACUCGAGAAAUAAGUUUGAUCAAGAAAACACUCGCAUUGUUGAAAAAUCCAACAUUCAAUAUGUAUAGCCAUCACAUACUUUCUUCCAUUAGUCAUAACAAAAUAGCCUUGAAGUAUACCCUAGACUAUCUGUACAAUGAAUGGAUUGAUGCAAGGACAUACCUGUCGUUGUCUGACUUAUCGAUUUUAUUUAGGAAAAUUUCUACCGAAAACGAAUUUACCAUGUAUGAGCAGAUAUUUUUUCGAUAUUCUUACACUUUUCACACAAUGGACAAAGAAAUACUGAAGCGCAUGCGAGACAUUAUAAUGAAACUUAUCAGAUGGAAGAAAGAAAUCGGACCUAAUAUUACUUAUACUCAGUUGGUGUUUGAUGAUGCGAGUUUUUAGUGGCCAUCCUGUGAAAUUCAUAAGUAGGUAUACAAAUGUAUAUGCACAAAGGUUGGUUUAUGACUACGACAGUAAAAUGUUCUCAUAUUGGUAGACGAUUUUCUUGGGCAAUGGGGCUAGUCGAUCGAUAAAUCUCUAGUACUAACAUGCCAAAAGUAUAUAAAUGACGAGUUGCAAAACCACGAAACACAAAUUUGGAAAUAAAAUAAAAAGAAUCAAUCAAAUUAGACCAUCAUAAGCCCUAUUACAGUGAACUCUUACUUAUUUACUGGAUAUUGAAAAGACCAUAGUUAAUAACGGUGUUUAUCGCAAGUUUUAAAAAAGCUGGUCUUAUGAUACGUGA